UUCUAUAGAGUUUAAGGUCGCACCAGGGUACCCGAUAAACAUAUACGAGUCCGGGUACCGCUUAUAUUAAUUGGCUUUUGCAUAUAUUUUAAAACCAGAACCAGCAGAAUUAGUAGCCAGUUGAUUUUUCGUACAAGACGGUACCACAUCAUUGAAAGAGUACUACCACAUAUACACGCGAUAUUAUGAUUAAAUACGUUGCUUCUGGUGCCGUUAUGGCUUUUGCACUAUUAACAAUUUUGGCUACAGCCGAUGAUUUACCAGUGACCCAACAAUGUCUGGGCUGUAUUUGUGAAGCCAUUUCUGGUUGCAACACGACUAAUGUUUGUUCCGGAGACGUUUGCGGACCUUUUAGAAUCACUUGGGCCUAUUGGGCCGAUGGUGGAAAACCCACUGUAGGCGGAGAAUCUCCAGAAGCACCACAAGCUUAUGCCCACUGUGCCGGAGACACUUAUUGCGCAGCCUUAUGUGUACAAGGCUACAUGAGCAAGUUCCAACAGGAUUGUAACAACGAUGGAAAAAUCGACUGUGAUGAUUUUGCGGCCAUUCACACGUUAGGAGCUUAUGGUUGCGGUGGUUCCUUGCCUCAACCAUACGGAGAACGCUAUCGCCAAUGCAAAACCAUUGUAGGAGGCGGACAUUAGAGUAACUUUAUAAAUAAAUUAAACAAUUUACUGCCUCAUUUUAUAUAGUAUAUAAUAUAUAGACUGUAUUUUAAAUAAUAAUAAAGCAAUUAUUAAUACAAUUUGGGGUUGCAUAUUCGGUACCUUUGCAACCACUCUUUACCAAAAUCGUUGCGGUCCAAAGGCAAAUCGCAAUGAGUUCCUCCGUUGAAAUUAAUCAUUACGAAAUCGUCACAAUCUGUGACACCGUCACCAUUGCAGUCCUAUAGAACAACUAAUAUAGUACCUAUUUCCAACUUAUGAGAAUAGAGUAUGGUACUUACCCUGCCAUAUUUAGACAUGUAAUUAGUUACUAGUUGUUGAGCGCAUCCAUAAGAAAAGGUACAAUCCUCAAAAGCGCCGGAUCUUUGGAUGUCGUCCUCGGGUAGUACCACUCUUCCGGCGUCGAUCCAGUACAACCGGCUGAUUUUGUAAGGGCCGCAGUACCCGGCGACGCAAUCGCGUCCGAGGUCGCAAUUGGUCGCUGCAUAGCACAAACAUCUUAAACAUUGUCGGUCCAAAUUGCUGAUGCUGAUGUUUGCU